AUGUCUUCCGGGGUCUCGUUCCGGUUCCGGGACGGGUUCAAAUCGAAGUUCAUCGUCACGGAGGACCGGAAUAUCGAGUCGGAGUGGCGCGCGGACUGGUGUUGGCUCUACAUCGAGGAGCACGACGAGGCCUACACCAAGCCCACUGUGCUGCUGAAGAAGUCCCGCGAAUGGCGGGACCGUGACGCCGAGCUUGCGCCGAUCUGCGACAAGAUCGUGGCGCUGCGGCGUGCGGGGCUCACGGAUCUGGACGUGGCCCGGAGCUUCAUUGCGAGACGCAUCGCUCCGCUGCAGCACCGAACCCACCCGGUCUGGACCUACUCGGGGGAGGGCGACCGGAUGAGGCUGCAGCGAGGCGGGCUGGCGAUGGAGCAGAUCCGAACGUGGCUCAGGGGGAUCACCGGCGAAAACUCCCCCUUUGCCAACCCGGGGGCCAGCAACUACCCACUCUGCAACGAGUGGGGAAUCAUGGCGGGGACACCGUCGAGCAGCCCUCCCCCACAACCAAGGGCUCGGACCGGGAAGCAACCGGUGGUCGAGAGUGAAGAGGAGGACGACUCGGACGGGGAUUCCGAGGAGCCGGCGGGCGCCUCCGCCGGCUACGACGUCUCCCGCGAGGUUGUCGACACAUCCGGAGACGAGGGGUUCCGGGGUGCUCACAGCCCCGCGGAAGGGGACAACGACGACGACGACGUCGUGCCGCUAUCCCGCCUGCCUGCCUUGAAAUUGAGCAAGUUUCUACCUGCUUUAGGUACCGUAAGGCCUUGUCCUAGAGCUAAAAGGAGUCACCAAAUGAAGCUAUUUCUUAUUCAACUCUUGAAAGAUCAUGAUGUGCCUGGUUUUCGAAACCAAAAUGCAUGGAGUAAGGAAGCAUGGACAAGUAUUACUUCUCAAUUGAAUACCAAGUUUGUUGUGUCAUUCACUGUUAACCAAGUCAAGCAAAAGGAGCAGGAUUUUAAAAAAGAUUAUCGAAGUGUAAAAGACUUGUUAGCUGAAAGUGGUUUUGGAUGGGAUAGCGUGAGAAUGAUGGUAGAUGCACCAGCAGAUAUUUGGGCCACAUUUGCUGCUCGCAAGAACAGCAAGGAUGCCCUCCAAUGGCGAGACAAGUCUUUCCCAUACUAUGAUGAAUUGGUUCCACUCUACGACGGCCGUCAUGCUAAAGGAAGGACUCGUCGUGGUAUGGACUAUUCUGCAAGCAGGGCAAAUAAUGUGGUGAUUUCUAUUGAUGAACAGCCUGAUGCUUAUCAGUCUCCAUCACCUACUUUACAAGGUGCCGGAGAAUAUGGUAUGCAUUUUUCUAUUGAGGAAGAGACCGAGGAUUUCACUGCGGAUGCUGCCCAACGUUCAUCAACACCUUUUCAACAAAUGAAAUCCACACCAAGCUCUUCACAAGCACGUACUGAGAAGCCUAGUAGCAGACGUGCAAAAAAACAAAAGAGAAGUACUGCUGAACCUCCCGAGGGAUUUCAUGAGAGAUACCUAAAGCUGAAGCAGAAAGAAAUAGACCGAUUUGCAGCUAUCGAGGAGAAGAAAGCUUCUAUUGAGGAGAAGAAAGCAGAGGAUUCCUACAGCAUUAGCAAGUGUAUUAUAACUCUUGAAGGGUUAGAUGGUAAGGAACAAGGAAAAAUAUAUUAA